AUGGUGAAAUUAAGAGAUGUUUACAUGGACAUGACGGCGGCAGGCACAGAGUGGCGGCAGCAGCAGCAGCAGCAGCAGCAGCAGCUUUCAAAGCAUCGAUUAGCAAGGGCAGUGAAAACCUUCCGGUUUGGAACUUGUGGGUCUGCAGUCCAAAGGAGUGCAGAAAAUGAAACACUUAAUGAAAUUGAGAAACUGCAGGAGGAUGCAACAGAAGUUAAGGGUGUGCUAUUCAUGAAUGUAGAGGAGCAGAUUCAAGCUAUGAAAAGUGCAAGGAAAUUUGUUGAAAGUAUGAUUGAUGAAAUUGAGCAACAGUUUGAUGAGAAGACAGAGUGCGUCAAAGAGACAGAGUGCGUCAAAGAGACAGAGUGCGUCAAAGAGACAGAGUGCGUCAAAGAGACAGAGUGCGUCAAAGAGACAGAGUGCGUCAAAGAGACAGAGUGCGUCAAAGAGACAGAGUGCGUCAAAGAGACAGAGUGCGUCAAAGAGACAGAGUGCGUCAAAGAGACAGAGUGCGUCAAAGAGACAGAGUGCGUCAAAGAGACAGAGUGCGUCAAAGAGACAGAGUGCGUCAAAGAGACAGAGUGCGUCAAAGAGACAGAGUGCGUCAAAGAGACAGAGUGCGUCAAAGAGACAGAGUGCGUCAAAGAGACAGAGUGCGUCAAAGAGACAGAGUGCGUCAAAGAGACAGAGUGCGUCAAAGAGACAGAGUGCGUCAAAGAGACAGAGUGCGUCAAAGAGACAGAGUGCGUCAAAGAGACAGAGUGCGUCAAAGAGACAGAGUGCGUCAAAGAGACAGAGUGCGUCAAAGAGACAGAGUGCGUCAAAGAGACAGAGUGCGUCAAAGAGACAGAGUGCGUCAAAGAGACAGAGUGCGUCAAAGAGACAGAGUGCGUCAAAGAGACAGAGUGCGUCAAAGAGACAGAGUGCGUCAAAGAGACAGAGUGCGUCAAAGAGACAGAGUGCGUCAAAGAGACAGAGUGCGUCAAAGAGACAGAGUGCGUCAAAGAGACAGAGUGCGUCAAAGAGACAGAGUGCGUCAAAGAGACAGAGUGCGUCAAAGAGACAGAGUGCGUCAAAGAGACAGAGUGCGUCAAAGAGACAGAGUGCGUCAAAGAGACAGAGUGCGUCAAAGAGACAGAGUGCGUCAAAGAGACAGAGUGCGUCAAAGAGACAGAGUGCGUCAAAGAGACAGAGUGCGUCAAAGAGACAGAGUGCGUCAAAGAGACAGAGUGCGUCAAAGAGACAGAGUGCGUCAAAGAGACAGAGUGCGUCAAAGAGACAGAGUGCGUCAAAGAGACAGAGUGCGUCAAAGAGACAGAGUGCGUCAAAGAGACAGAGUGCGUCAAAGAGACAGAGUGCGUCAAAGAGACAGAGUGCGUCAAAGAGACAGAGUGCGUCAAAGAGACAGAGUGCGUCAAAGAGACAGAGUGCGUCAAAGAGACAGAGUGCGUCAAAGAGACAGAGUGCGUCAAAGAGACAGAGUGCGUCAAAGAGACAGAGUGCGUCAAAGAGACAGAGUGCGUCAAAGAGACAGAGUGCGUCAAAGAGACAGAGUGCGUCAAAGAGACAGAGUGCGUCAAAGAGACAGAGUGCGUCAAAGAGACAGAGUGCGUCAAAGAGACAGAGUGCGUCAAAGAGACAGAGUGCGUCAAAGAGACAGAGUGCGUCAAAGAGACAGAGUGCGUCAAAGAGACAGAGUGCGUCAAAGAGACAGAGUGCGUCAAAGAGACAGAGUGCGUCAAAGAGACAGAGUGCGUCAAAGAGACAGAGUGCGUCAAAGAGACAGAGUGCGUCAAAGAGACAGAGUGCGUCAAAGAGACAGAGUGCGUCAAAGAGACAGAGUGCGUCAAAGAGACAGAGUGCGUCAAAGAGACAGAGUGCGUCAAAGAGACAGAGUGCGUCAAAGAGACAGAGUGCGUCAAAGAGACAGAGUGCGUCAAAGAGACAGAGUGCGUCAAAGAGACAGAGUGCGUCAAAGAGACAGAGUGCGUCAAAGAGACAGAGUGCGUCAAAGAGACAGAGUGCGUCAAAGAGACAGAGUGCGUCAAAGAGACAGAGUGCGUCAAAGAGACAGAGUGCGUCAAAGAGACAGAGUGCGUCAAAGAGACAGAGUGCGUCAAAGAGACAGAGUGCGUCAAAGAGACAGAAAGGCAAGGAGAAGAAGGCAAGGAGAAGAAGGCAAGGAGAAGAAGGCAAGGAGAAGAAGGCAAGGAGAAGAAGGCAAGGAGAAGAAGGCAAGGAGAAGAAGGCAAGGAGAAGAAGGCAAGGAGAAGAAGGCAAGGAGAAGAAGGCAAGGAGAAGAAGGCAAGGAGAAGAAGGCAAGGAGAAGAAGGCAAGGAGAAGAAGGCAAGGAGAAGAAGGCAAGGAGAAGAAGGCAAGGAGAAGAAGGCAAGGAGAAGAAGGCAAGGAGAAGAAGGCAAGGAGAAGAAGGCAAGGAGAAGAAGGCAAGGAGAAGAAGGCAAGGAGAAGAAGGCAAGGAGAAGAAGGCAAGGAGAAGAAGGCAAGGAGAAGAAGGCAAGGAGAAGAAGGCAAGGAGAAGAAGGCAAGGAGAAGAAGGCAAGGAGAAGAAGGCAAGGAGAAGAAGGCAAGGAGAAGAAGGCAAGGAGAAGAAGGCAAGGAGAAGAAGGCAAGGAGAAGAAGGCAAGGAGAAGAAGGCAAGGAGAAGAAGGCAAGGAGAAGAAGGCAAGGAGAAGAAGGCAAGGAGAAGAAGGCAAGGAGAAGAUUGGUUGGUUGGUUGUUUGA